GGCGCCGGGGGCCCCGGCAAGCAGGACGCGGACUGCUCUCGUCACGGCUACCAGUCCAGCCUUCCCCCACCUCUUCCUCUCCUCUCCUCCAUUCUCUUUUCUUCGUCUUCUUCCCCUUUCCUCCCUGCCUCCCUCCCUCCUUCCCCUCCCUCCCUCCCUCCCUCCCCUUCCUCUCCCUCGAUGGAGGGGGGAGUGGACUGGCGGGCGUCGCGUGGACCUCCCAGGACGCCAGGCCGUUCCGCUGCUCCGGGGCCACCGCCGACGACGACGAGAAGGAGGGACGAGGGCGCGGCUGAGGGCUUCGACCCGAGGGCCUCCAAGCGCGGCUGGAAGAAGCAGCACAAGGCUUCCUGGAGCAGCCGCCAGCAGCGGAGGACGGGCCAGCAGGCGCUGCAGCGCGCGGAGCAGAGCUGCCGCACGCGCGGGUGGCUGGACGAGGAGGA